GCUGCUAGCUCCCUUCAUUACUCUUCUCACUUUAGACGACCGACUCCUGUGACACGGCAAGCGCCAUCAUGCGAUUGCAUUUGGCACCACUUCUCCUCCUCCCUCUGGCGGCAGGCAAGUCCGAGUGCCUGCCCUCUGGCGACGAGCGGCCCAUCAAUGAGGCCUUGUCGCGAGGCGGUGCCGGUGCAACAGUCACACUGUGCCCCGGCUCGGUGCACCACCUGUACGCGCCGAUCCACUUUACCGCGCCGAGGCAGACGCUCACCACGUCCGGACAGGUGGUGGGGCACGACCGCGCGAUGAUUAUUGUGCAGGGCGAGGAGCAGUCCGUUGCGAUCUGUGGCGAUUGUCCCGGUUGCGACUAUUUGACGGUUUCUGACGUUAUCAUUGACGGCAAUCGCCCACAACUGCUGCGCAUUCCAAAAGGCGAGGCGCUCAUCGAGAUGGGAAAUGCCGAUGGACAUCGCGUCACAGGGUGUAGGCUGUACGAGCCACGAGGCUGGAGCGCACUUCACAUCCGCGAAGGCGACCGGAAACAGUGCCGGCGUGCGCACAUCGACAACAACGUCAUCGGACCUUGUGGCGAGGAGUGGGACGAGGAGUACGACGGCUUCGUGGAGAAGGAGCCCGUGUGGGGCAACCCGCGCGCCGACGGGAUCAGCCUCGCGUGCAAGGAGUCCGUGGUGGAGCACAAUGUCGUGUUCGACACGACAGACGGUGCGAUUGUCAUCUUCGGGUCUGCGGGGAGUGAGGUCCACUCGAAUCAUGUGUACUCGCGAACACGUGUAGUGCUCGGAGGCAUCAAUCUCGUUGAUUAUGAACCGUGGGACGGCGACUACUCGGGUACCAGAGUGCACGAUAACAAGAUUAUGGCGCCUAGCGGUUUCCUCAAAGUCGGCAUUGUUAUCGGCCCGAGCUCUUGGUCCGAUGACACCGACACGAGCGUGUUCGGCGGUACGGUCGUUGACAACACUUUCUCCGGCCAGCGCUUCGGGUACGCCAUGGUAGUCAGCAGCGCGCGGGAUUUUACUGUGUUGCGAAACGCGGUUUUGCCAGGCUCCGAGUUCAUCGGCGUGCCCGGAGUGACGUGCCCCACCGCGCCAGAGAAUGGUCCGCCCCAAGCCUUCCUUAUCAACCGGGGAAGCGCGCACGGCACCUUCCAGCCCGAGUUUGCUAAUGGCGAAGUGCAGCACAUCAUCUGCAUCAACCCCCCGCCAUAUCGCGAGCGGACAUACAAGCCAUGGCGGCUGCGCGAUGCGCCCGAGGCGAUCGCGGCGCGCGCCGCUGCCGAGGUGGAAGCCAACCCGAACUCGAAGCUGAGCGAGCGCGUUGCCGACUCCCUCGUGGCGUACCAGUACGCGCUGCUGGACGCGCUCGAGCGCAUCUCGAACGUGACGGCCGAAGAGCCGGCAGAGGGGACGGACGCGUCGCCGACCGACGAGCGCCUGUCAGCCCUCGAGCGCGGCGACAAAGAGCUGCGCAAAGAGCUCGCGAAGCUCAACCGUGCGGUGGCAAAGCUCACAGGCAACGUCGGCGAGGCGGCGGAGGCGCGCAGCCCCGUCCUCAAGAGCGUGUACGAAGCUGUGCGGCGGCGCCCAGAUCCCGUGCCGGUGCGCGCGACGCCGGCGACCCACGCCGCCAGCGUGUCCGUCGGUGUCGUGCUGUCCGCCGGCGCGGUGCUGGCGCUCGCGCUGGCCUUGCUGCGGAGGUGGCGCCGCUCCGCCGCCAAGGGAUUGAAGUCGCGAUAAUGGGUGCGUUCCUCUUUCCCGGCGUAGAUAUUCCGCAGGUGCAGGUAUAACAGGAGUACUUUAGAUCCAGUAUAGAUGUAUGCUCGCGAGGUGUACGGUACCCCUGGCUCCCCU